AUGAGCUCCAAACAGCGCCCAUCCGUCCUGGUCACGGAUGCGAGACAGAGACAAUCUCAAAGAAGGGUCCUUCAACGACAAGAUACCGGUUCAGGCGCUCCUGGGUCACAAGCACCGAUGCGAUUUAUGACCGUCGACAAUGUUCUUCAGUACAAUUCACAGAUCCCAUCAGGCCAACCGCGAGGCCCUCCAGCACCCGUACCUCCAGGACGACAUCCGGGCCCGUCGGGCAGCGCCCUUAGUCGCCGGGUCUCAUCAGGCGGUCUACCAAAUGCUCAGUCACGUACCGGUCAGCAGAUGCCGUCAAGGACAACCAAGAUUAGCGAAAAAUUGGUCCUUCUUCCAGAAGCAGAGGAUAAUGACGAUGACGUCGAUGAGGAAAUUGAGAGCGAGUCGGUACUUGCGCGCCGUGUCCAUGAUGAUGAGAAUCGCCCGUUGAAGGAUGAGGAGCUGGAUGUGCUUAAGAAGCGAGGUGGAAUUCGUGGCAAGAGUUUUGCUGAGAGGCUGUCCAAGAUGCAAAGAACGGACAAGGUCAGCAGAUUGACAGCCUACUGCACCGCGCAAGCGUACAAGAUCAAGCCUACUGCCGAAUUUCUGCGCAAGCAGCAUGAAGCCAAGACCAAGAUUUACGACGACUGUCUCUACGUCAUCUAUGCUCUGCCACUCCUGAACGGCACCGACGGCACCCGAGUUCGAAGUCGACCUAUUUUGAAGACCCCCGGAACUGGCAAGACGGUACUCGAUUUGGAGAUUGAGCGCAGCGAGCAGCGAGAUCAUCAUGAGGGUUACUUCGAGGACGACGCAUACGAACAUCCCAGCCCAGAGCGCGGCCAUGAGAUUCCUUCUCAUUUCACCAACCGCCCAUCGACUCCUGAGCGUAGCAAUCCUUUCCGUCACGACGACGACGUUUCAUCAAUGAACCGACUCGCGCCUGACGCAAAGAACUUUGCAGAAAUGUUCGUCUACUCUUACGGCGUGGUUGUCUUUUGGAACUUUACCGAACAUCAAGAAAAGGACAUCCUCGCCGACUUGACCUUCGCCGAUGCCGAUGCUGUAGAGAACGGCGGCACCAGUCUUCUCGUUCGACCUCUUGACCAGGAAGACUACGAGACAGAGGAGUUCCACUUUGAAUAUAGCGCGGACAUAAAGCGUCCGCGCAUCUUCAACGAUAUGAUCACUUUGUUACCAAGGUCUGACCAUAUGAUCAAGCUCACUAUUAGCCAUGCUAUUGCGCAGAGUACGCGCUUGUGUUUCUUUGAGGAACGCAUGAGUGAGACUAUGCUGGAUGCACAGCAUGUGCCCAAGAUGCUCGCAUUGACAGGAGAGCUUAAGAUGACUCGAACUGAAAUUGUGCGUAUGUUGGGUAAGCUCUUCAGAAGCCGUGUUGACAUCAACCUAUCCUCCAAUAUUCUCGACGUCCCCAACUUUUUCUGGGAGUCUGAACCGACUCUCCAUCCCUUGUAUGCUGCUAUUCGCGAAUACCUCGAGAUCGACCCACGCAUCAAGGUUCUGAACGAACGCUGCCGUGUCUUCCUGGAUCUUGCUGAGAUCCUAUCUGACUCUGUUGCUCACGCCAAGAUGAGCUACAUCACAUGGAUCAUCAUUGUCCUGAUCAUCAUGAGUAUUUUGGUCACUACCACUGAAGUGGGCAUUCGUUUUGGCAUGCUCAGCAAAGCCAAAGGUACCGGCGUCAACCGCAUCAUCACAGGACCAGUUCUUGGUGCAGGCAUGGAGCAGACUGUACUGCCACCGAGUGAUCUUGAGAUCCUUGCAGAAACUCUUGGACUGCAAGCCAACGCAUCUUUUGAGGAUGUUCACAAGAGCAUUUGGGAACUACAGAAGAAGGAAUUGCCGGACGCUUCAAUCGUGCACGAGGACAUCUAA